AUGGCGCUUGCACGACCUACGACUAAACUACCGCCUGGCGCGAACAGGAUACUCUUUGUUAAGAACCUGAACUAUCAAAUCACUGGAGAGGACUUGUAUGACUUGUUCGGCCGAUACGGCAGCAUCCGACAGAUUCGAAUAGGGAACGAACAAAAGACGAAGGGGACCGCGUUUGUCGUCUUCGACGACGUUAUGGAUGCCAAAAAUGCUUUGGACCAUCUUAAUGGUUUCCACUUACAAGAGCGAUACAUAGUCGUGUUGUACCACAUGCCUGCCAAGCAAGAUGCAGCAGCCGCGAAAGCGGACCUGGCCCGACGGGAAGAAGAGCUUGCUCAGUUGAAAUCGAAGCACGACAUAGGCGACGAUUGA